AUGGCUGCACUGGCACAAGUGCAGCAGAGCAAGGCGAAAGUUGCAGGGCAAAGAGCCAGGACGCUGAGCCGGACCUCGCCGAGUCCCACGAGGCUGUGCCGGGCUCGCGUCCCGGCCGCCUUCCCCGAGACGGAGAGCAAGGAGCCGGUGCCACCGGUUAGGAGCUGGCUACGAACUGCUGGUCUGGCUGGUGUCCCUGCGUGACGGCCCCGGGUCCCCGUGGCUGGUAAGAAACUCACCACCCAGUACCAGGGCCACCCGCUGGGCAUGAGCAGCGGGCCCGUGGGAGCUGCCGGCCAGCAGUACAGAGUGGGGCCGAGCCAGCACCCAGCCAAGCAGCACAUGCCCUCGCCGGCGCUGACCUUGAACGUUAUGGACACUGAUCUCAUAGACGAGGAGGUCUUGACGUCCCUUGUCCUGGAACUGGGGUUGGACCGGAUUCAGGAGCUGCCGGAGCUAUUCUUGGGACAGAACGAGUUCGACUUCAUUUCAGACUUCGUUAGCAAACAGCAACCCAGUGCCAUCAGCUGCUGAGGGGCUUUGAGCUCCUCCUCGUGUCUCGGCGGUUUUCAGUUUGUUUUUAACUUCCUUCUCCACCUGCCAGCCUCCUCCCCUCCCUGCCUUGCCCUGCCCUGGAUUCCUGACCUCCCCAAAGAGACAAUCAUCGGACACCGGCUUGCAAUGGAUUGCUCCUCUCUUCUGCGUGGUUUUUCAUUCGGGAGUUCCUGGGGAGGGGGCGUGCACCCCGAACGGAGAGCAGAGCGAGAGCUCCGGCUGUAGAGCUGCCUCUAAAUGGCAUUAACAGGAUUUCUGGCUUAAGUAGAAAUAAUGGACUCACGACUUUCCACAACUAGGCUUGGAGCGCAGGAAGCGCUGGGCAGCCGGCAGCCCUGCCGGUCGCUGGAUUUGCUCAAGGAUUCUGUGGUGCCAGCGAAGCUGAAGGAUCCCCUGAGAGAGGAUCGUCUCCCUGGUGCAUGGUUUGAACCAGUUUCCUUUUGCAGACAUGGGUGGGGUUAGACAUUUGUUGGGACUUUUUACUGUGACAGUAAAUAGGUCUUCAGUCUGCUCUGCUCGGCGAGGGGGCCCUUCCCUUCCAGCAGGCUUUUUUCUAACCGGCUGAGCAAAAUAAAGUAUGCCUUGGGAAGGUUGUGCGUAUGUGCCUAAAUGUUCUGUACAGCUA